GCAUCACAAGCUGAUAACGACGCAGUCACAUUAAAAAAAAAAAAAGAAACAGCUACACAUUCACUAUCUCUCUCUCACUCUCACACAUACACACACGCACGCACGCACACACACACACACACACACACACCAACAAUCACAUACAUAAAUACACAGUCACACUCUCACACCCACACGUAACCACACACUGCUCCAACUGUACACGCAUACAUAGCAACGCGUGUGCAGACGCACAGGCACAUAGGAUCCAGAGAGGCAAGCUGAUUACUCGUUCGUUCAUAUUUCUCCGUCCAUUUCUCUACGACAAUCUGUGGCAAGCGAUCAGCGUCUAAGGCAGCUCACAGCAAUAUGUCUUCUGCACCUGUGGAUGUAAUCGUCGUCGGUGGUGGGCUCAGCGGUUUGUCCGCUGCCAAGCUACUGCAUGAUCAUGGUCUUAGUGUCAAGCUCCUCGAGGCCAGGGAUCGCGUUGGAGGACGUACAUUCACGAUAUACAAUAAAGAUGUCGACUAUGAAGAUCUCGGCGGUGCUUAUGUGGGACCCACACAAAAUCGACUCCUACGGAUGGCCAGAGAGUUCAACAUCAAAACUCAUCUGGUUAACGAAAAGGAAGAUUCUGUGUUUUACAGCUCGGGACAUACGAAAAGAUUUAGAGGAACAUUCCCCAAAAUGAAUUUUCUUGCCUGGUUAGACGCCAACAAUCUGUUCAGAACGAUGGAUAAGAUGGCGGAGGAGAUCCCAAUAUCUGAACCAUGGAAAGCUCCAAAAGCACAACUGUGGGAUAAAAUGACUUUGAAAGACUUUUAUAAUGAAACCAUCUGGACAAAAACAUGUCGCGAUUUCGCUGAACUGUUUCUCCGUGUGAAUGUCACAUGUGAACCUUACGAAUGUUCUUUACUCUGGUUCCUCAACUAUGUACAGAAGUGUGGUGGUACCAACCGAAUUUUCAGUACGACUAACGGUGGCCAGGAAAGGAAAUUCGUUGGUGGUUCUCAACAGGUCAGCAAAGCUAUAGCAAAAUAUCUCGGGGAUAAAGUUUUACUCGAACAUCCUGUGGUCAGUAUUGAUCAAUCAGGUAACCACGUUGUCAUUCGAGAUUUGAAAGGCCGAGAAUUCCAUCCUCCGCCCUUCAAGAUUAUAUGCACCUUUUUUGCCUUCAUCCCUGUUUUAAACUCAACUUCACGCCCAGAAAUUUGUGACUCAUGUAUUUCCUUUUUGCUUUGUUGCAAACAAUCAGGCAUGUGUGGUUCAUCUGCAAUAAACGACAAAGAAGGUCUCAUCGGAUUUACGCUGGACAGUGCUAAAGCUGAUGGCAGUCACCCAGCUCUCAUGGGAUUCAUUCUAGCUACUAAGGCACAUGACUACAUGCUUCUUACACGUGAAGAAAGGAGAGAUAGAAUAGCUAAAUUGUAUGCUAAUGUAUUUGGUAUUGAAGAAUUGGCUUACCCUAUUCAUUAUGAAGAGAAGAACUGGGCGGAGGAACAAUACAGUGGAGGAUGUUAUACAGUAAUGUUACCACCAGGAUUUCUCACUGUCUUUGGAAAGGUACUGCGAGAACCCAUCGGUAAGUUAUAUUUUGCCGGCACUGAAACUGCUACACAAUGGUCAGGCUAUAUGGAAGGAGCUAUACAAGCCGGAGAGCGGGCUGCAAGGGAGGUCCUCUUCGAUUUUGGAAGAAUCAGGAAAGAUGAAAUUUGGCAGGAUGAACCAGAGGAUCGGGUUUGUGAUCACUUUAUAUAUUGUGCUCAAACACGUUCGCGCGCACACACACACACACACACACGCACACAUUGUCUGGUAAAUUUUCGUACUACCUGGUAGAUUCUCGUACCACAU